AGACAAAUAAAGGCAGCCUAAUUUUUGUUAAUUUAUUAUUCUGCCCGUAAAGGCAGCCUAAUUUAGGAAUCCAGAAAAAGGGGAAACCGAAUACAGAUCCCCUCAAUCUCGUCUUCCCUCCUUUCCAAUUUCUAGGGUUUCUUCAAUUAGAAACAAGAACAAAGCUUUAGCUCACCUAUCAACCAUGGAUGCCUCUGCUCCUCAACCUUCCGACACAGAUAUGAUGGAUGCCGGUGUUCCUCUGCCGUCAUCAACCGAUAAUUCUCAACCACCUCAACAAAAGAUAAGUAUUCCGGCCACUCUUAGCCAUGGCGGUAGGUUCAUCCAAUACAACAUUUUUGGCAACGUUUUUGAGGUUACUGCUAAGUACAAACCUCCAAUUAUGCCGAUUGGUAAAGGCGCUUAUGGCAUCGUCUGUUCUUCUUUGAAUUCGGAGACUAAUGAACAUGUUGCGAUCAAGAAGAUUGCGAAUGCGUUUGAUAAUAAAGUGGAUGCUAAGAGGACUUUGCGUGAAAUCAAGCUUCUUAGGCAUAUGGAUCAUGAAAACGUUGUUGCAAUUAGGGAUAUCAUACCACCUCCUCGAAGGGAGGUAUUUAAUGAUGUAUAUAUUGCAUAUGAAUUGAUGGACACUGAUCUCCAUCAGAUAAUUCGUUCUAACCAGGGGUUGUCAGAAGAACACUGUCAGUAUUUCCUCUACCAGAUCUUACGUGGAUUGAAGUACAUUCAUUCGGCCAAUGUUCUUCACAGGGAUUUGAAACCUAGCAAUCUCUUGCUUAAUGCCAACUGCGAUUUAAAAAUCUGUGAUUUUGGGCUAGCUCGUGUGACAUCAGAAACAGAUUUUAUGACCGAAUAUGUUGUGACAAGAUGGUAUCGAGCACCAGAAUUAUUGUUAAAUUCUUCUGAUUAUACUGCUGCUAUUGAUGUAUGGUCAGUAGGUUGUAUCUUUAUGGAGUUGAUGGAUCGUAAACCUCUAUUUCCAGGCAGAGAUCAUGUGCACCAGCUACGCCUGCUUAUGGAGCUUAUAGGCACUCCUUCAGAACAUGAGCUUGGAUUUCUCAAUGAAAAUGCUAAGAGGUAUAUUCGUCAGCUUCCUCAAUACCGAAGGCAGUCAUUAGCUGAAAAGUUUCCACAUGUACAUCCAGCAGCUAUUGAUCUUGUUGAAAAGAUGCUGACAUUUGAUCCUAGACAGAGAAUAACAGUUGAAGAUGCGCUAGCACAUCCAUACCUUAAUUCGCUGCAUGAUAUCAGUGACGAGCCAGUAUGCAUGACCCCCUUUAGCUUUGACUUCGAACAACAUGCCUUGUCGGAGGAGCAGAUGAGGGAAUUGAUUUACCGUGAGGCUGUUGCAUUUAACCCCGAGUUCCAUCAGCAGUGAAGAACUGCUACAACGUCUUGUGUCUCUUAAUAACAUGCCUCGGUUUCCUUAUGUUCCUCACUUGUUUCCUUUGUGUACAUACGAUGUCCAGUGGGAAUUUAGAUGGAGUUAUGUUUCUGCAUUCGAUUCUGCAUAAUUCAGGGCAUUGAUAGUCAUAUUGUCUGUACGAGUGUAAUCUUUAUUUUUUUUCUUAAUCUUUGUAUUUUCUUCGAGUUUAAUUUCGAAGGCCUAUCACCUGUAAACACAGAGUUGGCCUUUUCCCUUUUUUCAUUUCCAUUGCUGUAAUGUUUGUAGUUUGUACCCAUUAAUUGUAUUCGAAUUUUUUUUCUGAAGGACAUGGUUAAUAAACCAUUAAUUGCAGUCUUUCCCGAA